ACAUGAGAAAUAUGCAAAUGAGUUAGAUGUGGCACUUGAAAAUGCUACCGCGAGCGCUGCUAAGCCUGCACUGCUGAGCAGUGAGAGAGGGGUGUGUCUGCAGACUCAGAGAAGUUCUUCUAUGAGGGAACUCUGGAACACCUCAGAAUACACAGUGUACCUUCAGGACAACUGAAAGUGCCUGACUUUUUUUCCUAUGCACCUGCAGAAUUACCGCUAAAACCGACUUCUUUUUCCAUGAGUUCUGCCAGCAUUCUCCAUAUCAUCAAUUCCCAAAUGCCGGGUCCCGUCAUGCCUGUCGAUAUGGCCAUGCAGCUGUACAUCGCCCAUUCUCCUCCUCUGCGUAGCUUCCUGAGUUCUUACGAAGACUAUCGAAGCCGAAAACUGGUCAACACUCGCUACAAGCCUCUGAGGCCCUGUCUCAGUGCCAAAGCCCCUCUAGAACCACCCUGCCUGGGCUGGCAGACACCCAAGGGCAAAACCAAGAAGAGGGUCGCAUUCGCCGACUCCAAGGGCAUGUCUCUGACAGCUGUCCACAUCUUUUCAGUGGGUGAUGAUGAAUCCAGUGUUUCCCAGCUGCAGUUUGACCUGACAGAGUUAGAGGGUGCCACAGCCACGUUACGCAUCAACUCCGUCCAGAGCCGUGUUCUUGAUUUUCCGCAGCCCGCCGCAGAUUACCUGGACUUCAGAAGCCGGUUGCUGAAGAAUUCCGUGUGUUUGGAAAACUGCACCCUGCAAGAGCGAUCCCUCACCGGUACAAUCAAGGUCCGGAACCUAGCCUUUGAGAAGUCUGUUCAUGUACGGAUAACCUUUGACACAUGGAAGAGCUACCAGGAUGUUGAGUGUACCUUCAUGAAUAACGUCUAUGGCUGCCAAGAUACAGACACGUUCUCUUUUGUGAUUGAAUUACCCAGUUAUGUGUCGUCUCAAAACAAGGUUCAAUUUUGCAUCUGUUACAAGACAGGAGGGCAGACAUUCUGGGACAAUAAUGACAACAGAAACUAUGGGCUUGUGCCCUCUCCAUGGAAUCAGGACAACGACUGGAACUCGUCAACACAGUGGAAGAAAUGUAACCAGCCCAAUAAGCAGGGGAGGAAGUCAGAAAUGGAGUUUGAUCAGUUUGGAAGCCCUCGUACCUCAAGUGGACUCUUCCCUGGUUGGCAGAGCUGGGGCCACACCAAGAAUACCGCUCCCUAUUGGUGACUGAAGAAGUGCCUCCAUUAACGUUCAAGAGUGAAUCCAACAGCAAUUGGGAUCCAACAGCAGCUGAAAAUUACUGCUCAUUUUUCACACUGCACCAUGUGAAACAGCAGUUACUCUCCUGAGACACAGCUACAUUUUAUGCUACAGUAAUAACUAAAAACCAAGCACUGAUUUUAUUCUCGCCCAAUACAAGACAAAAA